ACACUGCAUCAUGUUGCCAUUUGGCUACACUGGCGAUUUGUCAUCUUCAUGACCAGAAAAAUGUAGCCAUGAGGCAACACUGUGCAUUAAAAGUAAGUUUGGACUUCUUUGAUUCAGUUAUCACCAUUUAUUCUCAAUAGAUGGCGGUAGGUGUCCGUGGAUAACAGUAAAUGGAGACAUAGCAGUAGACUUUUGCAAUCACAUAAAUGGCCAUAUUUUGAAAUUUUUAUUUACUAUUAAAUGUUUUCCUAGGUCCAUUAAAAAAAUCAUAUGCAUAAAAUGAACUAUUAAAAUUCGUUUAUUAGGCUUUUUAUGAUAAAGCGAAUAUUUAAAAAAAAUUUAAGCCACAAUAUGUAUCUGUAGCCAUUUGGCAACAUCAUGCAGGAAGGAUGCGAUGAACAAUUCAACUCAACACUGUAGUUCAGAAAGCAUGUGCUUUGUUUAUACUACUUAUGUUACAUUUUGUCUUUCUUUUUUGUCUUUGCAGUUUUAAUUAUGAGUUUUGUGAUAUAAUUAGAAGCAAUUUAUUUUUUCUUUGAAAUUCUAUAAGCUAGAAUAAUGGAAGAGCAUAGGUCUGUUUACUUUGUUGAUACAGAUGGUAAAAAGAAAUUAUUGACAGAUGAAAUAUGGAAUGCUCUUUCGAGUGGAAGCGAUGAUGAUUUUGAUGAUAGCGAUGAAGAUCCUACAUUUAAUCCUAAUGUUCUCUUCAAUAGAAAUUCAGAAGAUAUUUCUGACAAUAACAAUGAUUCUGAAUCAUCUGAAAAUGAAGUGAAUAUUCAAAACGAAAGUUCGACUUCAGGUAACAAGACAUUAGAGGAAAAAAGUAAGAAAGUUAAAAAGGAAAAAAUUAAACUUGUAUGGAAGAAAAAGUCUUUGCAAGUAAAUCCUGAAAUCAUAACUUUCAGUGGAGAUACACAGUUACCUCAAAAUAUUUUGAAUUUGGAAACACCUUAUGAGUUUUUUUCAUAUUUUUUUCAUCCGGAUCUCAUAACUUUUAUUUCUGAACAAACUAUUCUAUAUAGUGUACAACAGACACCUGAGAAACCUCUGAAUGUAACAUCAUCUGAUAUAAGAAAAUAUUUGGGAAUUUGUAUAUUGAGUUCUGUAUCAAGUGUUAAAGAUUUUAGAUUGUACUGGAAUCCUGCUGUUGGAAUAUCUCUCAUUCAAAAUUCUAUGCCCGUUAACGAAUUUGAAAAAAUAAGAAGAUAUCUUCAUUUCAAUGACAAUAAUGCAUUUUCAACUGAUUUGCAAGGAGGCCAGGAUAAGUUUUUCAAACUGAGACCUUUGAUUGAUGAACUUCAAAAAUCUUUCCUUUCCAUUCCUAUGGAAGAAUGUUUAUGUGUCGAUGAACAAAUGUGUGCUACUAAAGCUAGACACCAUUUAAAACAGUAUAUGCCUGACAAGCCCCAUAAAUACGGUUACAAACUCUUCAUUUUGAGUGGAGUAUCCGGAUUUGCAUACAAUUUCGAGAUUUAUGGUGGCAAAGAACUUGAUGUUGCUAAUAUACUUCAAGAGCCUGAUUUAGGAGCUAGUAGUAAUGUAGUUAUUAGAUUAACUCGUCCUGUUCAAGAAAAUGUUAAUCACAAACUUUACUUUGACAAUUAUUACACUUCUAUUCCUCUGCAAGUAUAUUUGAAGAAAAAGGGAAUUUUAUCUCUUGGAACUAUUAGAAGAAAUAGAAUUCCAGACUGCAAACUUCCAACUGAAAGGGAGCUGAAGUUACAAGUUCGUGGAUCCAUCACUGAAUUUGUGGCUGAAUAUGAUGGCUGUGAACUGUCAAAUGUAUCAUGGAAAGACAAUAAAACUGUCACAAUGCUCUCUACAUUUGCUGGUACAAACCCGGUAAGUGAAGUACAGCGCUUUGACAGGAAACAAAAAUGUCAUGUAAAAGUAAAUUGCCCUUACGUUAUAAAAACUUACAACAAGCACAUGGGAGGUGUGGACUUACUUGACAGUUUGAUUGGAAGGUAUAAAAUAAUAAUGCGAAGCAAAAAGUGGUAUUUUCGGUUGUUUUAUCAUUUAUUAGACCUGACGAUUAUCAAUGCUUGGUUGCUGUAUAAGAGAGUGCACAAACAAAAGCGUAACAGUGAAAAGCCUAUGAAACUUGUUACUUUUAGAUUGCAGUUAGCAGAAACUUUGUGCUUACAUGGACAAGUAAAAUCACUAAAAAGAGGGAGACCAUCAAGUGCAGAGGAAACAGUUGGAAAACAAUCAAAAAAAGCUUGUCGAAAAGAGCCUCCAAAAGAUAUUAGAUUUGACAGAAUUGAUCACUGGCCAGAGCAUUCUACAAAUAAACAACGAUGUAAAAUGUUGAAUUGUAAAGGAUUUACAAGAGUACAGUGCAUGAAAUGCUCAAUUCCUCUAUGUUUUUAUAAAGAGAAGAACUGUUUUAGAGACUAUCAUUUACAGUAAUUUUUCUCUCUGGAAUGCAUGGUGUAGCCAUUUGGCACAGUUUGUUUUUUUAUUUUUUAUGCUUAACUGCAUGAUGUUGCCACUUGGCAACAAACUAACAUUUAAUUAAAAAAUAAUGAAAAUUUAGACUUAAUUUUUUUUAAAUAUUUUUUCAUGUUUUAUCAUUACACUCUAUUACAUAUAUAUUUUUUUCAAGGAAAAAUAAAAAAUCAUGCA